AUGAAGUUGCUUAUAGUGUUCGCAACCUGCCUCCUGGGAGCCACCCUGCUCGAAGCAUCCCCACUGAAACAAAGUACUCCACGUGCCCUCGUCACCAGUCGAGCGGAUGUAGUGGCCACGGAUGCGACCAAAGAAAAACCCCACUACAUGAUCCGCGUGAUGCCGAAGGACGACGAGAUGGAGGACCUCUCGAAGUUGGUAGAUUUUUUCGCGAUUGGGGAGACCGGCUCGCUCAGCGCAUCAACCGGCUCUCCCCACACGACAUCCUACGGUUCCUAUAGCCCGUCACGGGAUGAUCUGACCGAACCGCUGCUACCACCGCCGGUGGAGCAAAGCGAACCGAACUAUUACGCCGCCAAGCCAAAGAAAACCAAGGGCAAGAAGUACAUUCCGACGCAGAAACUGAUCAACCUGAAGAACGCGGACACGGUCGAGAAGCACGCCAACGAAAAGUCCCGCCAGGCUAGCACGGAGCGGCCGGAAUCGAGCGAUGAGGACACGUUCUUCCUCGAUGCGAUCGAUCUGGACAAGCUGCUGGCUAGUGCGUUGCUUGGGGAACAGGAUGCUCGCGCGGAAGCGACCGGCAUUGAGGGUCGUUCAUUGCUGCCACUUCGCCUCGAUGAGCUGAACCAUGGCGAGUUUGUGCCCAGCCGGACCCGGCGAGUGGAUCAGUACACGCGACGUGUGGCUGGCGAGGAUGAAGGUGCUAGAAUCGAUUUUCAAAUGCAUGGCCACCACGGGCCGAACAGCUACAAGUUUGGCUAUGACACGGGUGAAGGGAAGAAUCGUCAGUUCCACGUAGAAGAGCGCGACAGUAAAGGUAACGUCCGGGGCCGGUACGGUUACUACAUGCGAUCUGGAAAGUUUCGCAUUGUUAACUACAGCUCGUCGCCGGAGACGGGCUUCCGGAUAGAGCCGUAAGAACGGAUUGCAAUCGGGGCCCCUCGGCCACAAAACCAUUCCACGUUACCUGCGCCGUGUGUGCGUAUUUUAUUUAUUACUUUACGUUACUCUGUACCUUUUUUUACAUCACCAACAAGUAGUUUUUACAUAGCCAUCCGUUUCGUUUAUGGCCACUAGAGCAAAGUAA